UACACGUGGGGACAAUAUGUGCAAUGCAAAGCUUAAGACAUGCAAAUCAGGGAGCCUUUACUGUUUUGAUUUUUAAAUAUUCAACCCGCCCACUGAUAUAAAAAGGAGGUGGAGAUGCUGCAUUCAGCAGACGGUCCUCCUGCUUAUCUACUGAGGGACAAUCACCGCUCACAUGCUCAUUUACUUCUAGGCUUCUUAGCUGCCGAAAAGAAAAGAGGUGUGUGUGUGUGUGCGCACGCGAGUUUAAGACUUUACAAAAGAGGUAGAGAGGCCCUGGACACAGCAACCAAUAACCCUGCCUGAUGUGAUCAUUAGGGUUAUUAGUAGGGACUACCAGCAAGCAGUCGGCAGUCGUGUGCAGUCACUACAUGGUGCAGUUGGCAGACGCAGGUCAACUUGGAGAAAAACUACCUUCAUACAGCGCACUAGCGGCAUUCUAAAAAAGGAUUACCCUCCAGAAGAAGAACAACUCGGCCAAAAUGAAACUACAGAGCCUCCUUUAUAUCUUUUUUCUCAUAAUGAUGGGCGCCUUACUUGCACUCGGACAGAAGCCAGCUAACCUUACGCAGAGAAGGAAACUCCGACACCACUGUCCACAUAGACGGUGUAUGCCUCUGCAUUCGAGGGUCCCUUUCCCUUAAGCACUGAAAAAGACGAAGAGCAAGAAGAAAAGAGAAGAAUGAUUCCACACAUGAGGAGUUUCAUUUCUGAAGUGAAUCUGGGCUCCGAAAUGCCUUCCUGUUCCAGCUCCUCUACUACAGGCCACCAAAGCAGACCUCAACGAAAGCAGCUACAACACACAGAAGACAAGCUGCAGGAUGCCAGCCACAAGCCAAUACUGUCAGAAUGCUGUAGGAGUGAAACAUGUGCUUCAGACCUUUAAGAAAGUGAGCACAGCAAUCUUGUAAAAGAUACCAGAACCAAUUAAUUAAAACAAAAAUCAUAUACAAGCCUGCAGCUCAGCGAGACAUGAGGAACAGAUGGCUUGACACAAAAAAACACUUCAAUGAGAGGGAAACAAUAUGCUGCAGCCGAUGGAGAUUGUAAAUAAUAACAUAUGCCAUCAAAAUAAACUAUCCUCCAAAUCAUUUAUUUAAAAAAAAAAAAAAA